ACUCUAUAUAAACUCUCUCCACCACAAUUUUCUAUCAUCCAAAUUCUUCUCUCUGAGCAUCUAGUUGUUAUCUCUUUUGUCACAACCGUUAAUUCUCGUUCCUUUCAGCAUCAGUUCAGCCAUGUCUACCGCUAAGGUCAAGAAAACAGCGGCGGCCGCAAAGAAGCCGUUCUCUCACCCUACCUUCGCCGUGAUGAUAGCUGAGGCAAUUACGAGUCUGAAGGAGAGAACUGGUUCAAGCCAAUAUGCGAUAACGAAGUUCAUCGAAGGGAAGCACAAGGAGUUGCCACCAACCUACAAGAAACUUGUGCUCAUUCAACUUAAGAAGUCUGUUGCUGCUGGCAAACUUGUCAAGGUUAAAAACUCUUUCAAACUUGCACCCACUAAACCUGCCGCUGCCCCUGCCAAGGCUGCUGUUGCUGCUCCUAAAAAGCCCAAGUCCGUUACCAAGACCACCACCAAGGCUGCUUCUACUGCUGCUAAGAAGAAGCCUGCCGCCAAGCCCAAGUCUAAGACUGCUGUGGCUGCCGCCAAGCCCAAGGCCAAGCCUGCCAAGAAAGUUGUUGCCAAGCCUGCCAAGAAGACUCCGGUAAAGGCGGUGAAAAAGCCCAAGAGUGUGGUUAAGAAACCCAAGAGCGUGAAAUCUCCUGCCAAGAAGGCCAAGAAGUGAACAAGUGGAGUCGGUUGGGUUUUGGUUUGAUGUUACAGUGUUAUCUAUUUCUGGUGCGAUCUUAGUAUAGGUGGAUAUAUUGUUAGAAAGAGAGUAUUUGAUGUAAAUUUCUUGUUAGAAAGAGUUCUCGUUUGCAUUGAAUACAGUUCUUCAUUAUUCAUUUUUUGGUUUACUUCUAUGAUCAAUUGGAUUGCGGUUUUCUUGUUCUUGAUCA